UCCGUUUGCGCUAACGCGCACAAGCCGGCGUUCGUUGCGGAAGGCCUGGGUUUGCAUGGAAAUACGAACGCGCGCCCGUCCGGAUAUACUCACCGUGGAGAACGCAUGGCGAAGGCAAUACCAGAGUACACUUUCAAGCUUCUCAUGAUUGGAGACGGUGCAGUGGGAAAGACAUCUCUCGUCUCACGCUUCGUAGACGACUCAUUUGCUCCAUCAUACACGUCAACUAUUGGCAUUGACUACAAGUUCAAGCUUAUUGAAUUGGGUGGCUUCAAAGUGAAGCUUCAGAUCUGGGACACAGCAGGACAGGAGCGCUUUAGGACACUGACAUCAGCUUAUUACCGAGGGGCCCAAGGCAUUGCGUUGACAUACGACAUGACGCGACCGGAUUCUUUCAAGAGCGUUUCCUACUGGAUGGCGUCGGUAGACGAGUAUGCGCCGCCGGGCUGCAUAAAGAUUCUUAUCGCGAACAAGGCCGAUUUGUAUCCGGACAGAGAGGUAUCGAUGCAAGAGGGUCGAGACCAGGCUCAACACUAUGACAUGAAAUAUUUUGAGGUGAGUGCGAAGACAGGAGAAGGAGUGACGGACGCGUUUAUGUCAAUAGCUCAGCAAGUGAAGGAUAACGCAGCAAGGCACGAGUUGAGGAAAGCUGUAUCGGGGACUAAAGUAAGCAAUGGAGUAGACCUCAACAGCAACGGUGCGCAGAGCACAAAGACUGGCUGCUGUCGAUAGUAAAAUUAUUAUCUGUCUUUUCUAUUUACUAUCUGAGCUUGUAGAAAUUGCCUGCAUGUCUUCUCUCGGGGAAUCGAAUUGCUACCUUAGUAUGUGAGAGACUGUUCCAAAUUGCUGUGAAUAUUGAAAUUUGAAAUCCCACAAGCAUUUAGAUGUAAAACUACAAAACUAUGAAAUU